CGAGUCAUGCGCAAUAAGAUAUGUAUAUGGUGUGCGCUCGAAGUGGUUUGCCGGUAGAUCGGUGAUAUUGUGAGGUGUGGACUCAAGAUGUUUAAGAUACAGAGUCUCUUUGAGGAGUCGUUAAUGAACGACGAUGUCUUCAUGGUCUGUGCGACUGUAGACACAGGUUUGGAGUGGCAGGCGAUCGACGAGCACAGGGAGAAAAUUAGCGAUCGCUCGGAGGCGCUUAAAGAACGCGGGAGGAUCUAUUUCAACAUACAUCGGGACCAAUAUGAGAAAGUUCAAGAAAUGAGGUCGAUAGACAAUGUAUUCAUAGUAGCUGAUAUUCGGUUUGUCCAGUUUUGUCAAACUAACAAGGAAGAUGAUUUGCAAGUGUUCAAAGAUGUAGUACACAAACAUAUGAGGCUGAAUAAAGGGCUUGAUAUAUGGAAACAUGUUACAUGCUUCAUGGGAGAACUGUAUCCAACAUUAGAAGAGUACAACUCUGCCAAGGAGCAAGCUUCUGUUACUAAAGAAAACGAAAAGGAAAAGGAGAACGAAAAAGAAUCAGAAACAACUAGGGGUAGGAAAAGGGGUGUGGACCCAUCAGAGUCAAAGGAAGGUGAUAUAGUUAGAUAUAGAGUAACUUGUGAAAGGAGUGGUAACCACACAUUUGAGUCCACUGAUGUAGCCUGUAUUGUCGGAGGGGAAUUGCAGACUAAAUAUCACUGGCUGGUGGAUCUGUCUAAAUAUCACUUGGAAAUUAUCUGCAAAUUGACAGGAAGACAACUUAUAACACUCUUACGUGUGACGCACGAGUCCAAACACCGCAGGAAUAUUGUAAGCUUCGGUCCGACGACUCUCAGGUCGACAAUAUGUUAUAAUCUGUUAAGACUGGCGAAUCCUAAACCGGGAGAUAUAGUAAUUGAUCCUAUGUGUGGAAGUGGAUCUAUUCCUAUAGAGGCAGCAUUGGCUUUCUCGCACUUGUGCAUUCUAUGCGGCGACAAAAACUCCAAAGCUGUGGAGAGAACAAAGUCCAAUAUAGAUGCGUCGUUAACUAAAGCUAAAAUAAAUCCCAUACAAUGGAUAGCUCUGAAGCUACCACUCAAAGAUUCCUUCGUUGAUAUCAUUGUUACUGACAUGCCUUUCGGCAAGAGAAGUGGAAAGAAGUCAGAUAACGAGUGUCUUUACAAACAGGUUUUGUUGGAACUAGGUCGUGUCGUAAAGUUAUCGUCUGGACGAUUAGUUCUACUCACCUAUGAUAGAAAGAGCUUUACUCAAGCUUUGAAAGCAGCAGGUGAUAUGUUUCAACUAACAAGAACUAUUAGUGUAAAGAUAGGUGGUCUUCAAGUAAUAGCUUACGUUUUGAAAAGAACAAAUGUUUGUUUUACAAAUUUCAAACCACAUUAUUAAUUAACAUGUGCUGCUUUCCAGUUGAACAGACUGAUAAAGUAUUUUUUUUGGUUUUACAAGCAUUACGAGACAUAAUAUAUACUUAAUAUAUAUUUUUGUAUAAUAGAGAUAAUAGAGUUUCUUUGUACGUUUAUACAAACACGACUGUUUAAUCUUCCUUCAUCAUAGAAAAUCUUCUCCAACUGGACAUAAUUCUAAUAUAUUGAAAUUAUAAGAAAAA